AUGGAGCUGGACAACUGUUCUCAAAACGGCUGUGGUGUUCUUGUCUGCCAUACCAACGACCACGAUGUGAUCCAAGAUCCGGACUAUGUGCGCAGAGAGGGGAAUGGCCCUGAGCCAUAUGAAUAUUGCUCGGAUCACGAAUCCCUUGAUGCGGUGAGCCUUAGGGAGGAUGGCGGGAGCGCGGAUGAAGACCCCGACGUGCUACUCGGAGAGCCAGACUGGGCUCCUUCCAUCCACAGAGAUCGCCGCCAGGAAGUGGUUUUGCUGCUAACUUUGGGCCCGAAGGGAUAUAGUAUCGAUCAAGUAAAACAUCUCGCCGGCCCAACCUGUCCUGUCACAAAUGCAUACUCGGGGCGUACAAUCUCCAUGGAGGCGAUGAGAGGGUGUCGAACGCCAGACGGUCUGGACGAGGAUUGGGAGCUCUCUGGAGAUUGUUUUCUCUCGGGCCUUAGUGAUGGGUCAGUAGCGCUCGAUAUGGCAUGCUCGCAACCUGUGUGCCCUCCUCGAGGCCAGCUUGACGAGGUCGACCCUUAUAACAUGAAUUAUGGUACGGAUUUCGAUGUCAGCGUCGCGCCCUUUCAUCCGUGGUGUUUUGACAUUUUCUGCCGCCAAUCAAAAGCCCGCUUUAACCACGUCAACGUCUCCUGUCUGAUGAAAUGCUGCUAUAGAGGCUUCUCGGGUAACCCCGCUGAGUUGCCGGGCAAUGCCGACGUGCGCAAUGGGGCUGAGCAGUGGUGGUAUCACAACCCCGGCCACGAGUACCUAGCAGCAAACCCGCUCUAUGUGCCCAAUUUAGAUGCUCUUCUUCUCGCAGCUGUCCAUGAGGAGGAAGACCAUUUCACUCCAGAUAUUGGUACAUUCGAUCUGUCUAGCCGCAUACAGCGAUCAGGGAUUCCCUUUCCAGCCCUCCCGGCAGAUUUCCUAGGAUCCCUACCCUUGGAACUCCGACUCCACGUUGUCGACUUUCUUGGCUUGCGGGAUAUCGCAGAUCUCAGACUCGCUUCCCGCGCCUUUGAACAGCUCCCCGUCAGCAUCUGGUACCGCCUGAUUCGCGAUGAGAUGCCCUGGCUUUGGGAAGCAUGGGAUGAGAUCGAAUGUGCUCAUGUCCCUUCCAUCUGGACAACUGUAACUGCAAAUGACGUACAACUAGCCGUCAAGAAAAGGCAACAUUACGCCAGUGUAUUGAGUGACGAGUAUCCAGAGGACAACAUUGAAGACUAUCUUGAUUUCCCGCUAUCGAUGCCAAUGACGACCCCGCGCCCACUCAUACUACCUACGGCACGGACAAAUUGGUAUCAGGUUUACACACAAAUCAAACGCAACUGGAGCAAGCUGAAGGGGUUGCAGAAUUGCCAGCGUAUCUGGGCGGAUGUCGAGAAGGUCAUUGCGCGGAUCAUGGCACACUGCUCUCUCGCAGACUAG